CUAGAAGACCUCCAGGGUGCCAUCCAGCUCUAUCCCUAUUCCAUUUUAUACAACGUGAUUUUUUUUUAAAAAGCAUUUAAUGAGAAUACAACCGCAAGCACGCACCAUCAACCAAUAUUUUCCCAGUUGAAAUCUCUCCAGCCUUGUUGGGUCUUCAGUUCCAGAACCUUUAUAGAGUUUAAGAGCCGGGGGGGGGGGUAGUCAUGCUAUCCCCAUUUAUGAGAACUGAAACCUAACAACAGCUGUCGACAAUCGGGGGGAGAUUUAAAAAUAUAUACCAGCUUUGUAACCUGAAUCCAUCAUUUUACAACCUCCGCGGGGUUGUUUUUGUUUCCUUCUCCCUUUCCUUUCCGAGUUAACCACCGCAAAUUUCUUCAAACUCCUUUUACGGCGCGCCCUCAAAUCGCCGCCUUUCCGUUGACUCCAAGUUCCCGUUCGAGGCCACACGUGCUUUUUCAGCAGCUUUACCCUUGUUCGGCGGAGCAAAGCGCCGUCGCCUUAGAAACGCCCUUCCUCUUUGUCAUGACGUUUUUACCGUCGAGCUAUAUAAAGACGAAGCAGCUCACGCCCAUUUACCAGAAAAGUGGCGGCGUUGCGGUUGUCAGCAUCCGGGGGAAUUUGGACGCGCCGCCCUUUCCUUGCCUCUAAGUUCCCGGAGUCUUUUCUUCGGUUUCCUUCUGCGAUCAACGAUGGGUCUUUUCGCUUCUUGUUCCGAAGAGGCUCUUCCGGCGGCCUUGCUCCUCCUGCUGCUGUUCUCGUCCAGGGCUUUGUCUCAGUGUCCAACCCCAACUCUACCUCCCCAUUCUUCAGUAAGAGGAGGAGGAGGAGACCUAGGUACCUAUCCAACUGAUACUACGCUGAGGUUAGAGUGCAUCUCUGGUUAUGAAUAUAUAUCUGGAGGUGUUCCUACGAUAACAUGUCUUGCAACUGGGAAGUGGUCAGAUCUUCCUACACUUUGUCAAGGACAGCGAUGUCGUGUUCCAAAUAUAGAAAAUGGCCACAUAGUAUCUUCAAAUGAACUCCGGUUUGGUGAAAAAGUAACCUUUGGUUGUGAUUAUGGGUUCAGAAUCAUAGGUGGCAACACCCGUUCGUGUGUUUUGAAAAGUGGCAAAGUUGACUGGGAUAGAGGUCUUCCAAGUUGUGAAAGUAUUCCUUGUGUUCGUCCUCCUCUAAUAGCCAAUGGAAGAUAUGAUGCCAGUUCUUCAGAUGCAUAUGAUGUUAGCUCGGUAGUAAUCUAUCGGUGUGAUGCUGAUUAUACCCUUAUUGGAAAUUCUACUAUUACUUGUAUAGUUGCAAAAAAUGGUGUAGAUGGAGAGUGGGAUCAGCCUUCACCUGAAUGCAAAAAGGUCAAUUGCCCUAGACCAAAAAUCACAAAUGGAAGAGUGGAUGCUGUGUUUCAAGCUACAUAUAUGUAUCAGGAUAAAAUACAGAUUGCAUGCAAUCCUGGCUACUCUUUGGUAGGGUCUUCUACAAUUGAAUGUGACGCUGAUAGUCAGUGGAAACCACCUGGUCCAUGGUGUGAUAAGAUCCUUACCACAUCCAAACCAACCAAACCCCCCACACCUGCUGUUCCGUCUACUCCCCCAAUUUCCCCUAGGCCUGGCAUUGUUACUCCAAAAGAAGAUGGCACUGAAGCAACUGCAGUGCCCCCAACUACAACUCAAACAACAACCAAGGAAGGAUCAGGAUCUGGCACUGCUAUUGGAAUUGCUAUAGGAGCUGUCAUUGCCGUUUUAGUUCUGGCUGGUUUAAUUUUUGCAGCUGUGAAAUACUGUUUCCGGGGGAAAGCUAACCCUCAUCCUGCCUCUACUGAUGAUUAUCGUGUAGUUUCAAAGAAAGAUGUGGCUUUGGAAGAAAAAUCAAAAGACUGAUCUGAGUCCAUUGAACUUCUGCAAUAAAACUUCAGUAACCUUUCAACACUUUCGCUUGAGAACUAAAAAUAGGAACUCACUGAAGAUCUAUCUGAGUUCAAAGUUCAUAGUUUUAUAGUUCGACCAUUCGAUGAGGCAGUUAAUAUAUGAAACAAUCAACAUACGAUCUACAAGACUACAUACACUGCUUCUACAUUCUAAUAGUUUGCACUUAAAUCCUUUCAGAAUAUCUCUUAGUGUGUCUGAUUCUUAUCACUCAGAUACAUUUGAGGGACCUAUCAUGUUUCUACUUCAGGGAUAAUGCAUUAUGCUAUUAUGAAGAUAUGACUAUAUUAGAAUGGAAGAGUCAACAAGUUCUGUAUGCUUCUUUUUAACAGCCUGGCUCUUAAAUCAGGCUUCUAAGUUCAUGUGACAGCCAAAGAAAAGUUAAGCUUGCUUUCUCGGUUUUAAAUUUAUGCUGGCAUAGUAAGCUUUGCCUAAUAUAAAUUGUGUCCUGUUUUAUAUUUUAACAUCACUGUGAUAAGAAGGUAUAUUUUGACUGAAUGGAACCAAUCCUGAAAUGUUCAGCCUAGGUGUUUAGGGCGGGGGUGGGGGGGAAUGACAAAAUAUGUGUUGUGAUGUUCUAUGUGAUAUUGCAACAUACAUUGUGUCAUUUUGGCAUCAGUCUGGCUAGCAUGGAUACUUACAGUAUUUAAGAAAGUAUUUUGCCUUUGCAAAAGUUGUAUUUGUAAAUUUUAUUGCAUUCCUUAUAUGAAUAAAUUAAAUGCAAUGUUUGUAUAUAAAGAAAUGUCUGGCAAUGAUAAUAUUAAAGAUUGAAUUGCACUGAA